UUCCCUCGGAAAAUUCCUUUUCUCCGCCGGCUUCUUCGCCGGAACUGCAGAAGAGGCUGUAUUUUGGAAACGCUGCACUUCCGAAAUCCGCCGCGCCUCGCGUUCACAUCGAACUCGCCGAGGCGCUGUGCGAGUUCUCCUCUUCCGUCUGACUCGUGUCUCUUCCAGCCUCGUCGACCGACUCCUCGAAAUCUGGCACCGAGUCCGAUAGACAGCUGAAAACGCUGAACCAUUUGUUCACUUACCGGCCAAGGAGAACGCGCACUGCCUGCUUCUGUCCCUGCCGGGCCUAUCCGGUGAAACUGUCGAAAAAGGGGAUCUCUCUUUCGUUUUAAGAUACCGGAAACAAGGAAAUCUACAUGCUUCGUGGAUCGGUGAGAGCCUUCGCGUUCUCCGGCGUCUUCUCGCUAAACUUGGCAAACAUUCUGCUCCUCGCGGAUCUCCUCGUGUUCCCGCGUUUUCGUCGCCUCUCCCGUCUCUCGCUUUCCUUCCUUCUCCUCUCUUUCUCUUCUCCAUCUCUGCUUCUGCGUUGGCGCCUGCUUCCCCGCCUCAGCAGCUGUCCGGCGAGCGGCGAUCGGCGAGCUUUCGGAUCUGUCUGAGAGGUGUACGUACGCCGUGUCUCUGGAGCUCUCUCGUUUCUCCUUCGAGCUUUUCAACGCACUCAGGAAAGCGAGAAAACUUGUCUCUCUCUGGCCUUGUGCUUUUGCCGGUGCGCCUGUGUUCCCCGUUCGCCUCAGAUAUCUCUUCUCCUGAGGCUCCCCUCCGUCGCUGAGGUUCCUCUUCUUCGCGAGAGCUGGAUUUCGCUGCCUCUGCAUCCACGCCUGUUUUCGAAUGCUCUCAGCGUCUGCUGCGCAGGCGUCUGCCUGCUGCCUGGGAGAACUUUCGUUUUUCUCUCGCUCGGUGCGUCUUAGCCGCGCUCCUGUCUCCCCCUCUCUCUUGCGGUGUCCAUGCACCUAGUGUUGGCCGAGCCGCUUGCUGCCGGGCGCUCUGUUUCGUCGGUGGACUGCGUUUUGGCCGGCAUCCGGUCUUGAGACGGCGGAGGCAGUUGGAGCGGAGAGGCUUUUUCUCUGUGUGGAAACCGGCGCGCCGAAGAGACCGGUUUUCUCACUUCCGCUUCGUUUCCAGAGGAAUGGAGUGUGCCUGUGACGUUUCUCCCGCGUUUCUCCCGCAGUUCGAGUUCUUUCUCAGCCUCGCGUCGCAGACAUGCAGUUUUCCUUCAUUGCUUCUCUUCUCCACGGAGGUGUCUACCCUCUGCUCUCCUCGCGUCAGGGACAACAGGCCGCGUAGCGAAUUUAUUUUUAAAUCGAACGCAUGCGUUCGCUUCUUCGUUUCUUGAUGUUUUCGAACACACAUCCUCGCUUUCGUGGACCGCGCGUCUGUUCCACCAUCUUCUCUCCCUCUUCGUCUCCGUUUUCUGUCUUCCCUUCGUAGCCUUCUCUCGCGCUCCUCAUAUUGUCAUUGGUUUUCUUGUCCGCUGUUCUCUUCCGCUCCUUUCUUCUCUUCCUCCUUGUUCUUCCUAUUCUUUUUCUUUGUUUCGUCUCCUUCCUUCUUCUGGCUUCCUUCCCUUCGUCUCCACCGCUUCUUCUGCGCAAGUUUUACCCCGUUUUCUCUCGCGCUUUCAAGAUGGCGGAACAUCUCUCCUUUCUCGAGGAGGAACUUGUGGGUCUGCCCGACACACCUGCAGCGUUCAAGCCCUCGCAGUCGCAGCAAGUAUCUGCCUUGACGCGGCUGUCGUGGAUCUCCGCAGCAAUGGGCCCUGUGGACACCCGCGUCCUGCUGCUGCCCUUUCUGCAGUCCUACCAGCUGUCGCGUCGCGAGAGCGAUGAAAUUCUCUGUGUGCUCGCCGCGCAGUGGCGGGCAGUGGCGCGGGGAGUUGUGGGCGUUUUGAAGGCGGACGAGGAAGAGCGCGAGCGGCGUUUGAGUCUCCUCGGCAGCGCGGACGCUUCUGCACGCAGAGAUGAGAGCGCGGCGGUCACUCGAGCCUUGGGAGAGAUUGCGGGGGCGCUCGAGCCUCUGGCGGCGAAGGAAGAAAAGUGCAUUCGAGACGAGGCAGUAACGUCUCUGCUGUACCUCCUGCGCUUCUUCCCCGAUUUCCGUUCGCAGCAGGCCUUCGCGCAGCGUUUCCUCCUCCCCAUCGCCUCGCGGCUCCUUCACAGCGACUCGGGACUGUUCUUCUCCAAGUGCAGCGCGGCGAAGCUCGUCCCCGCGCUCUACGCCUACGCGGCGCCAGCUGCAGGGCAGGUGGACGACGGUGUCGAGAAGGAGAAGACCGAGCAGGAGGAGGGGAGAGACCAGCGCCCAGCCGCCAGCAGAGAGGCCAGUGCCCCCGAGGAAAAGCGCGUCGAGAGCGAAGACAGCGAUCUGCGACGCCCCGAGCUCAACCUCGACAGAUCCGAGUUGAGAAGUUUAUUCGAAAAGCUGUUGACGCACGAGGCGCUGCUGGUGCGUCGCGACGCUGCGGUGGAAGUCCCUGCUUUUGUGCGACACUGGCGACGAAUUCGAGACCAGACGCGACAAUCGGCUUGCUCGGAAGAUGCGGCGCAGACGCUCGAGGAAGAUCCGCAGGGUCUGGGAGACUUCUUCUUGCCGACUUUGAAGAAAAUGAUCGCAGACACCAUCGAUUUCCUGCGGGCCGCGGCUGUGGGGUCGUUGCUUCAGUUGGCGCUGCUGUUCCCCUCCGCGAGUUCGCAGACGUUCAGCGCGUCGGCCGUCUUCCCCCUGCUCUCUGCUGCAGUCUCAGAUCCGUCCUGGAGAGUGAGAGCAGUGGUUGCGCGCGGACUCGCGGCGCUGACGGCUGCGUUCCCCUCCCAGUUUGCCUCGCAGUUCUACCCCUGCUUGCAGCCGCUGCUCAGAGACUCGGCGCUCCGCGAUGUGCGACAGGCGGCGAUUCGGGCAGUCGGCGAGAUCGCGGAAGUCCUCCCGGCAGAUGAAGUGAGCGAGUAUCUGGUGCCGCUGGUCCCCCAGCUUCUGCAAGAGAACGCGAUGAGUCCGGCUGCGGCCGCCGCGGGAGUUCUGCCAGUCGUCGCGCCGCCGACUCUCUCCUCGCCGCUCCUCUGCAACUCGCCGCUCCUCGCGCCGGUCCUCGAAGUCGCCUUGCCCGUCGCCAGGGCCGCGGGCGCCGCCAGUGCGCAGACGGUGCUCGCCAGCCUCGCUCUCCUCCUGAACAGCCGCGAAGAGGCUCACGUCCGCAUGACCCUCGCGCAACACGCAGGGGAAUUCUGCGCCUUGGUGGCAACGCAGCGCCCCGCGCCAGACUGUCCGGAGGCCGUGAGGCUCGUGGAAGGACUCUGCAACGCUUUGGGCGCGACGGCCGGCGGCGGGGACUGGACUCUGCGCGUCGAAAUCAUCAAACAAGUCGUCCCCAUCUCAAAAGCUUUCGGCGUCGACUUCUUUUCCAAGCACCUGCAGAGCAUCUUCAUCGAGGCCUUUAGUGACCAUGUGUACGACGUCCGCGAAGCUGCAGUGGAUGCUUGUCCGCCGCUGACGACGGAGUUCGGUGUGCGCUGGGCAGUGGAGAUUCUCCUGCCGCGUCUGCGCCAGGUUUUCUUUGUGGGAGGUUCAGGCAAAGACUCGCGGAGCAACGGCUUAGAUCCGCUUGCCUCGCUCCCUCAGGGCCGGCCGUCGUCGUCUUAUCUCGAACGCAUCGCCGUCCUCCACGCCGUCCCCAAACUUGCCGGAGUCUUCUCCGCUUCGGAGACAGAAAAUCACCUCCUCCCUUUCCUCCUCGCGGCUCUCAAGGAUGAAGUUCCGAACGUCAAAUUCACUGGCGCAGAAGUCGUUCGCGUGAUGCUGAGCUCGAAGACGCUGCCCUCCACGGCUUACACGACGGACGAAAUUAUUCCGGCCUUGAAGUCUCUUGCGAACGACUCUGACGUGGAUGUCCGCUUCUGCUCUCAACUGGCUCUCGCUGCGGCGCGCUCAUAAGUUUACUUCUUGUUUGGUCUUGUUGCCCUUGUUUGUCUCUCCGUUCUCUUCUCUUCCUGAUUUCCUCUCGUUCCGGUCUUUCUCUUGCUUUUCGCUGCCGCUUUCUCCUCUUUACGUUCUGCGACUGGUCUGCUCUCGCGAGGGAGAGGAACCGACGGUGGCUCGGUUCUCGUUUUUGAGUGGAAGCGGAGCGAUUUGAGAGGCGAGGGCAACAGAGGCGACGUCGCGGCCCCGGCUGGGCGACUUUUUACCCGAGGGAGGCGCGAGUGUGCGAAACACAACGCGAUCGAGAAAUCGAGAGCCGGACUUCGUAAAUGCGUCGUUCCUCCAGUGUGUCUUCCCCUUCUUUUCCGGUCGUCUUCCAUCCAGAAACGCCUCUUCAUGUGUGCAUUGAAGAGCAGCGAACUCUUGAAACUUCUCUUCUGUUCUCGCGCGCGGGUCGCGCAUGCGCAGUUCUGUCUGUCUCAGCCGGUCUCGCA